GACCAGACUAGUGCACUCCUCUGUAAUGUAAUGUUUUAAUCGUAGCAGCUUGACAGUGUGGACUGCAGAGGGCAGGUUAGGUCAGUAAGGCUGGAGGGUUGGUUUCUGGGUUACUUUCCCUGAAUGGGAUUCUAUGAAGGGGAUUAUGGGGACCAAUCCAGGGCAACCUAGGGGUGGGAAACUAAAGGAUUGAUUCAAAACGCUGGACCUGGACUCCAUCAGAACAGCACAGCUGCCCAGGAAUAAAUUACAGACAAGAACUCAACAUGACAUGAGUCAACAGACACACACAGAGGAAGGAUCUGGAGAUAUUGUGGUGUUUCAGUUCAGCAGAAAGAGGACUGGGGUGGUGCUGCUCCUCUGGGAAGGAGUUGGGCAGGCUGGUUAACCCUGAGAGAGGGAGAUAGAUCUGCCUCACUGCCUGUGACCCUCGUUAACCCUGACACACUGAAGGAGGACCUUGUCGCACUAAGACGAAGGCAGAGCUCUGACCCAGAAUGCAGUGUUGGGACAACCUGAUCAACACCCUGAGCUGUGUGAUAUUCCUGAUGGGAGUGAGCCACCUGGUGCGUCUGCCCCAGGCCCCCUACGGACGCUACCUGGACUUGGGGCUGUCCUCCUCCUCCUCCAUGCCCAGGAUGAUGCCUGCUAGGCUGGCCUGGUUCCUCCAGGAGUUCCCCUCUCUCCUGGUACCCCUGAUGAUGAUGAUGACUACCACACCCAACCACACGGGGUCCAGCCUGGGGACCAGCCUGCUACUGGGGACCUUUUGUCUGCACUACUUCCAGAGGACGUUUGUGUACUCGGUGCUGAUGCGAGGACGACCGUUCCCCCUCCGUGUGAUGAUAGAGGCGGGGGUGUUCUGCAGUCUGAACGGGUUCACACAGAGUCACUACCUGGUCCACUGUGCCCACUACCACCCCACAUGGACCUCUGACACACGCUUCCUCAUUGGUUCAACCCUGUUUCUCCUGGGAAUGGCUAUCAACGUCCACAGUGACUAUCUUCUACGAAACCUGAGACAGCCAGGAGAAGUCGUCUACAAGAUCCCUAAAGGUGGUCUGUUUCGAUACGUGUCGGGGGCCAACUACUUUGGUGAAAUUGUGGAGUGGUUUGGCUACGCCAUGGCAACCUGGUCGCUGACUACCUUCUCCUUUGCCUUCUGCAGUAUGUGCUUUAUUGGACGACGGGCAGUCCACCAUCACAGGUACUACCAUGAGACAUUCCAUGACUACCCCAGGUCACGGAAAGCUCUGAUUCCAUUCAUCUUCUAAAGAACAGAUGAAGCUCCUGCAUUCCAACCAUAGGACUGGGAGACCCCAAACAAGCUCUUUAGAUCAGGCUUGCAUUCCAAACAGCAUCCUAUUCCCCAUAUGGUCCUCUGUUCAAACGUAGUGCAUUACUUUAUGUUGGGAAUAGUGUGCCAUUUGGGACAAAGUCCAGAUAUGAUCAGAUGACCUGCAUAUAGACAGUAGAGAUCUACAUAUAGACAGUAUUUAUCUAGCUAGAUAUCUACAUAUAGACAGAGAGAUCUAGCUGAUAUCUUCAUAUAGACAGUAUUUAUCUACCUAGAUAUCUAGAUAUCUACAUAUAGACAGUAGAGAUCUACCUAGAUAUCUACAUAUAGACAGUAGAGAUCUACAUAUAGACAGUAGCACACAGACCCCACAGAGCCCCAGGACAGCAACACAAUUAGACCCAACCAAAUCAUGAGAAAAACAA